AUGCAGGGGCCCCGGACUGGAGUCGUGGUGAACUGGACAGAGAAGAAAGUGAAAGAUCUGCACCACACAGUAAGACAGUGUCUAUCUAGCGGCGGCAGAAGGGGGCAGCAGAGAGCUGCCGGGGUGCUAAUCCUGGGAGAACCCCAAAGGAAGCUUGAUUUUUGGAAAUCACCCACCACCCCCGGGGAGUCAGCUCAUGUCCGAGUCCCCUCUGUCAAGGUCCAAGGAGUCAAAGUUUUCUUGGAGUCCCAGGGCAUUGCUUAUUCCGUCAUGAUUAAAGAUGUUCAGGUUCUGUUGGACCAAGAGAAUGAAGAAAUGCUAUUUAAUAGGAGAAGAGAAAGGAGUGGUAACUUCAAUUUUGGAGCCUACCAUACCUUGGAAGAGAUUUCCAAACAAAUGGAUAACCUCGUGGCUGAGCACCCUGGUCUAGUGAGCAAAGUGAAUAUUGGCUCUUCUUUUGAAAAGCGGCCCAUGAACGUACUCAAGUUCAGCACCGGAGGAGACAAGCCGGCCAUCUGGCUGGAUGCCGGGAUCCACGCUCGAGAGUCCGCAAGCAAGGACGCAACAGUCCCUGGGGUCCUGACGGCUGACGCUCUCCGCCAAGCCCUCUUGCCUUGCCGCACGGGUGGGAAACAGACCCAUCCGACCUUUUUUUGGUGUUGCCCCAUCAGGCGCCAUGGCACUAAGCCCCUGGGCCAGCCGCUGUGCACUCUGUUAAAUGACACAAUUGCCUCUGAUUAUGGAAAUGAUCCAUCUACCACUUCCAUUCUGGACACCAUGGAUAUCUUCCUGCUGCCCGUCACAAAUCCUGACGGAUACGUGUUCUCUCACACCCAAAAUCGAAUGUGGCGGAAGACCCGGUCGAAGGUAUCUGGAAGCCUCUGUGUCGGAGUGGAUGCUAACCGGAACUGGGAUGCAGGGUUUGGAGGUAGGCGCAGGGACUGGCCCGGAGGUACGGACAGUCUCUUUGGGUUCUCCUGGCUCUGCAGUGCCUCAGCUUGCUAA